UGAGCAUGCGCACUCGGUGUAAACAGGAAGGACCAGCGAAAAGUAGGUCAUUUUUACCAUAAAGGAGAGGAGAAUUGUCGGAUGAAAAAAGGCGAAAGAGUUGUUUAUCUUUAUGCAUCUGGUCGUAUCUGUUUAUGCGUUUUAAAAGCAGUGGGAGGAUUUAGAAGAAAAAACUAAUUCGCCAGUACCACAGCUGGCUCGACGCUGGUGACGCGAUUUAUUUCCUCCGGUGGGUUUUUCUGCUUAACCUACGUUUUAUUUAGCAAGCGCUCUGUAUUUGUCUGGAUUUUGUUCGUGCUCUGUGACAUUUGGCGAACAAUGGUUCAGAAAGACAAGGCGUUGGAGACUCCUUCAUUAGACGUUGAGCCAAGCCCCAGCCCAGUCUCUGGAGAGGCUUGUGUGGAGGCCCCGGGCCCGGUGGUGGACUCGGUAGGAGUCGAGUCGACCGGCCAUAGAAAAUUCAUCAGUGGGGUUGUGGAAGGCUUUUAUGGGCGACCAUGGACAAUGGAACAGAGAAAAGAGCUAUUCAGAAGGCAACAAAAGUGGGGUUUGAACGCGUAUCUCUAUGCGCCCAAAGAUGACUACAAACACAGAAUGUUCUGGAGAGAACUGUACUCGGUGGAAGAAGCAGAGCAACUCAUGACGUUGAUUGCUGCUGCUCAGGAGCAUGGAAUAGAGUUCAUUUAUGCCAUUUCUCCUGGAUUAGACAUAACCUUCUCUAACCAGAAGGAGGUUUCUGCUCUCAAAAAGAAACUUGAUCAGGUUACUCAUUUUGGCUGCAAGUCGUUUGCCUUACUGUUUGAUGAUAUUGACCACAACAUGUGCCCUGCAGACAAAGAGGUAUUCAGCUCUUUUGCACAUGCUCAGGUUUCCAUUACCAAUGAAAUCUACCAGUACCUGGGAGAGCCUGAAACCUUCCUCUUUUGCCCCACAGAGUACUGUGGCACCUUCUGCUACCCAAGUGUCUCACAGUCCCCCUACCUCCGAACAGUUGGAGAAAAACUGCUGCCUGAUAUCGAUGUUCUGUGGACAGGCCCCAAGGUUGUGUCCAAAGACAUCACAGUGGAGUCGAUCGAGGAGGUGUCUAAAAUCCUCCGGAGAUCGCCGGUAAUCUGGGACAAUUUUCAUGCCAAUGAUUAUGACCAAAAGAGGCUUUUCCUGGGUCCAUACAAAGGCCGCUCCACGGAGCUUAUUCCGCGGCUGAAGGGAGUCCUCACCAAUCCCAACUGCGAGUUUGAAUCAAAUUUUGUAGCGAUCCACACGUUAGCCACUUGGUACAAGUCCAACAUGAACGGGGUUCGCAAAGACGUCGUCAUGACUGACGGUGAGGACAGCACCGUCUCCAUCCAGAUCAAGCUGGAGAACGAAGGUAGUGAUGAGGAGCUGGAGACGGACAUGCUCUACAGCCCGCAGCUUGCUCUCAAACUGGCUCUGACAGAGUGGCUUGGAGAGUUUGGUGUGCCUCAUCAGUACAACAGCCGACAGGUGCCUCAGAGUGGCUCCAAAAGUACAGCCAUCGAUGUAACGUCCAUGUCUGCUCCAAUUCUCUGCUCGUCCACGUCUCUCACAACUGUUUUCCAGCAGCCCAUCAUGUCUUCAUCAAUGCCUCCCGUCUGUCUGGAUCCGCUGCCACACCCAUUGACAAAAACCCCCCAGGAGGCAGAGGAGCAGGUAGAUGUGGAAAAGAAAGAUUCAGACGAGGAACCAAUGGAAACGGUGGUUGAAAAGCAAGACGAGCCAGAAGCAGAGACCGAUCCAGAGGAGAAAAAUGUUGCUCCUAUCUUGGCUGACAAGAUAACCGAAGACCUUAAGCCCAUGGAUACAGACAAGGAGAGUGGGGUGGAGUCCAAAUCCACAGAAGAAUCAAUCCAGGAAGAUUCUGGGAGUGACAUCGCUCCUAUGCAGACGGACGAUCAGCUCAAACAGGAUGUGUUUGUGCCGGGGCCUAACGAGAAGCAGCUGUUCAUCCCGGAGCCGCUGACACUCGAGGACCUGUGCUUGCUCGCGGAGCUCUUUUAUCUGCCCUAUGAACACGGACCCAAGGCCAUGCAGAUGUUGAAGGAGUUCAACUGGCUCAGAGCCAACAGCAGCGUCGUUAGCGUCAACUGCAAAAGAAAAGACAACGAGAAGGUUGAAGAGUGGCAGACACGCGCCCACAAGUUUGAGGAGAUGUGCUGCUCUGUUAUCCACAUGUUCACACGGCUGUCUAAUAUAGACAACCGCACCAUCCUGUACGACCUCUAUCCUUACAUUUGGGACAUCAAGAGCAUCCUUUCUAUGGUCAAGUCUUUUGUCCAGUGGCUCGAUGGAAGAAUCCACAGUACAAGUUUCUACUGCUACUGGAUCGACAGUGGCCGAUGGUGUCGUAGUCAGUCCUCAGCACAAUUCCUUAGAGGAGACCAAGAGCCCUGGGCCUUUAGGGGAGGUCUAGCAGGAGAGUUCCAGAGGUUGUUGCCAAUAGAUGGGGCAAACGAUCUUUUCUACCAACCUCCACCUUCUUUGCCUACCUCCAAAAUGUAUACGAUACGGCCGUACUUACCCAAAGAUGAGGCUGCUGUUUAUAAAAUCUGUAAAGAAAUGUACUGUGAAGGACUGGAAGACGUGCCCUUGUCUGAGGACGAUUCGGACCUGAUAGGAGACAGGUUAGUCGGGGGAUUCCUGACUCUGAGCUCAGACUACGGGUUUGUCUUGGAGGACGACGAGGGGGUUUGUGGUUAUGCUCUCGGCACGGUUGAUGUAAAACCCUUUGUCAAGAAGUGCAAGUUGAGCUGGAUCCCCCACAUGCAGGAGAAGUACCACAAACCUGACUGUGAGAAGGAUCUGACCGAGGCUGAAAAGAUGAUACUGAGUUUUCAUGAAGAAGAGGAGGGUCUUCCAGAGUCCUUUCUAUCCAACUUUCCUUCCCUCAUCAAGGUUGACGUUCACGCCAAAGUCACUGAUCCCAGUGUAGCUAAAAGCAUGAUGGGAUGUCUCUUAUCUUCUAUUAAGGCCAAUGGCUCCCAUGGUGCGUUCUGUAAGGUUCGUCAGACCGAUAAGCGAAUGUUGGACUUUUAUAGUAAGCUGGGAUGCUUUGAAGUGGCUAAAAUGGACGGCUUUCCCAAAGAUGUCAUCAUAAUGGGACGCAGCCUUUGAAAUGACGAGGUUCACAGACUCCGCAGAGAAAGUUCAUGUCAACAGCUCUUACACAUGUUUGCUACCUUUGAGGAUUUUCUACCACAUUACCAUUUAGGCUUGUUUUUUACAAUUAGCAUUGACAAGCACAUCUGUCCAGCAGCCUUUAGAUGUUGUAGCUGUUUUGAGUUUGGCAGGUCCACUGCUGAAGGAUCCAAAGGAGUUUUAAAAAGUAAAAGUUGGGAAUUUAAGGAUUGACUUCCUUGUUUUCCCACUACUAUUUUACCUCCAGGCCAUGGGAGGUCAUUUCUCUGAAUAUGAUCCCACACUCGGGAACAGCGUCUUCAGCUUCUCUGGUGUCUUACCCUCACAUCCUGCUGCUCUGACAGGUUUAAAUGAGGGUUGAGUUGCACGUCAGCGCCAUGUGGCAGCAUUUUGUUUUUGCUUUACACUUUGAGAUGAAGGAUUUGUGACGAGGCUUAUUCAAAAUGUUUAAUGUGAAUUUCUGGGUCUGGCCCUGAGGAGCACCAAGAAAAGGGUGUCCCUCUGAAUUUCUGUUGAUGUACAGAAAAGCUUUUACACAAAUAGUUUGUUUUGUUUUGUUACGGUUCCAUUCAGCUGUUGCUGUUUGGUUUUCCUUUAAGAUUCUACAUUUAUUUCUUAGGCUUCCAUUUCCUCUGAGCAGUUUUUUUGGUCAGGCCGUGAUGACUGAAGAGGAGUGAGUUUUGUAUAUUGUGCUCGUCAGAGAAGUAGCUGACUGAACAGCUGAUUUUUGUACAAAAGCUUAUGUAUGAUUGCACAUUUACUAAAUAUCACCUUUUUUUUACUUAGUUUUCUUUCAAAUGGUUAAAAUUUCAAUUUUCUUUUUUUUUUUUAGAACAAACCCUAGACACGUUUACCUACUGGGACCAACAUAUUCAGUUAUUUUAUGAUUUCUGCUUUUUGUUUCCUGAUUAUAUUAAAAUAAUUUGAAGGGGCUACAAUAUUAAACCGUUAUACGAAGUUCAGUUCUUUGCUGUGACUUUAAGGCCUGGUUGUUCAAAUAAACAGCUAACUUUACCUUCAGCCUGAUGUGGUUAGUUAAAGAAUCAUUAGUAAUCAUUAACCUCACGAUAAAUGAAUAUUAGUUCAGACUAGUUUUACACAGAUCAGUGCAGAUACCGUUCAUCUGCAGCUUUAUAGGUUUAACCUCAUGUUUAGGCUUUUCCUGUGUUAUUGAAUGUUUUCUAAUCCAAAUAUUUAGUUUGGGUUUAAUAUUCAGUACAUUAAAUCUAAAUUAGUUUUCUAUUGAUUACAGUAGAUAAUCAGACACUACCCUAUAGCUGCUUGUCAAUGUGGUGUUUCAGAGUUGUACAUUUCAUAAUGUGCAUGAGGUGUAUUUGAUCUGCUGUGGAGGACUUGAAUAAAAAUCUCAUCUGGUGCUGCAUAAAAGAAGCAUGCCACCUACAACUAAAAGUAUAAUGGUGUUGUGCUUAGUCUGUAUAAGCUGUCGUAUGGUGAUGAACUUGUAAAUAAUCUUUCAAACUGGCAUGCAGUCUAACUUUCAACGGGCUGCUUUUCUUGUACACCUGCAUCAGCGAUGCGUGAAAUUUGCUUGCAAAUUUUCCCUUUGACAAAUUAAAUCGAUGUUUGAUUUCUUUUAUGGUUCCUUUUGCAGUAUGCUGAUAUUUGUGCUUUUUUAUGCCAACUUGAUUUGACAAUUAGGAGAAAGGGCUCCUCUUGUACAUUUUGAGUUUAGAUAGGGUGAUUAAAGUAACCGUUUGUCUUUGUAAAAUUUCUAUGUAUAAUACGUUAUAAAAUCAAUAAAGCAUAUUGAGUUGCUACAA